AUGCUGACACCCUCACACCCUCAACCCACUGUCACGCCGCGCAUCAUUCCUCCCCAUGCGUCGGAGUUGGGAGCGACGCCGCGUUUCCAUAGACUUUGUGACAUUUUCGAUGAUUGUUCCGUGCUAAAAGUAAAGCUCUGGGUAGCCGGUGCAAGGCCGGCCGCUAGACUCGAGAUAAUGGCGAGUCAAGUUCCUUUCUCGCCUCCGUUCACUGGCUCGGAGAAGAGCGAGUGGGUAGCUCAACUUCAAAUCACCCCAAGCGGGCAGCACUCUCCGCUGGUCGACCACUACUGCCGGAGGAUCGCGGAUUCAGAGCCUGAGCUAAUACAUCGGCUUUUCAACAAUCGCUAG